CUUUCGUUGACUUCAGUGUGUUGCGUGUUCGGGUGUCCAUACAAAAGCUCGUCCAUUCAAUGACAUGCCCCCCACCCCUCCACGCUCUCCUCCAGGUCAGCUGCACACAGUACAUGCAUCAGAAGAAACGAGUUGCCCACAGAGAUCAGAAGGGACGUACGUAUGUGGUGGUUCGCUUGACUGACUAAGUGCCCGGCACCGGCCCAGCUGAACGCACUGAAAAAACGUAAAACGAGGGCACACACGAAACAGCAGGGCAGCUAGGGAGAUCGUGUUCUCUCUCUUUCACUUCCCAGAUCAGCCCCAAUAUGAACAUCCCAAGGUUCGGCCUGCUGCGCCUUGAUGAAUGCCGCAUCAGGGCCGUCGUCAAACUUCUUGGUGCGAUCACUGGCUUCGAGCUCGCGGGAAGCUUUUGGGAGGAAAGACAAAAACCUCCCCCUCUCUUCUUCACAAGCCUAGACACCUACGCACAAUGACCUGGCUUGCCUUUGCGUCUGACGUCGAGCCGGCCUGCUCGUGGCUCUUCGCGCGCAGCUGCACCCAGGAGGAGAGCCUGCGGCAGUCCGACAUCAAGAAGGAGGCGGUGCGCGUCAUCGAGAGUGCCUGGCGCCAGCAGAAAACCCGUCGAGAAGUCACCAAGAAGUACAGGUAGAAUACGCACCCACGGGCAUCAGCAGAGCACUGGAAGGAAGAUCUCUCUCGGCUGUGGUAUGUGUCAGCGGCGAGCUGGGUCUUGACUGCAGCAUGCCGAUGAGGACGCCGAGCAGUCUGGACGACUGUGACGACGAGCGAGAGGUGGGCGAGCCGUCUGCCCUGCCCCCGCAGGCUCCACAGCAACUCAACAGCAGCACCUGCCUCACCCACGACAGCCUCUGGGAGACCCUGUCGGAGGCCAUGCCGGUCCACGCGCAACGCCAUUACUUCCACAUGUGCCGAGUGGCGAGCGAGUGGCGGGUGUCGUUUCUCGUGGCCGCGAACACCUGCGGCCAUGCCGACCAGCUGCCGCAGACGGCCGCCUGACGACAGACAGACAGGCAGCCAGAAAGACAGACAGACAGGGAGGAAUAGUAAGGCAAUGGGGUUGGUAGGUAGUGGGUUGGUGGCUUUUGUAAUCCCGCAAAGCGGCGUCGGUGCCUGUCUGCUCGUUGGUGACAGCUCGCUCGUGAAUGUGUGAAUUCGCACGUGCCCAGGUCCACCCAUUCAUACUUCUUUACAUUCGUACAUUCACACGACACCCACCACAUGUGCCUGCAGACGAGGCGGUCACGGCACUGCGUCGACGUGCGUGAUUGCGUGUACUCACUGGGCGGGCGUUGACUCGAGUGCGUUUCUCCAUGCCCCUCUGCCUGUCUGCCUGCCUGCCUGCCUGUUUGCCGGUUUGAUGUGCGCUUUUCUGCUCUGCUCGGACGGUUGUUCGCAUAUCUGCGCUGUCUGUGUGUGGAGUGAGCCGAGAAUUUAUGUAGCAGGGACGAACCAAUGGCGAGAGAGAGGAGGCCCUGGCUGGGUGGUGCGUGUGUGGGCUGUGUAUAUCAUGUGAGGGCGUGCGAGAGUUUGUUGGUGGCCAAGCCAUCCGCGCACCUUUUUGCACGUACGGCUCGCCAGAUGUUUGUAUGCAUGGGUGCGGGCGGGUGUGUGGGGGUACGAGCAGAUCUCCUGAGGAUGUGUGUGUCUGUCUGGUAGCUCUCUGUGUCAACGGUGCGUGGGUGGAGGAUGGCGGUGUGCGGAUGAGUCUCGUGGGGGCCGGCAGUGAAAAGAGAGGCUGUCGGUAGUCGGUAGGAUGAGCUGCAGACAGAGGCCCUCAAGUGUAUGAGGGGACGUGACUUUAUUUAUGUGUGUGUGCACGGGAGGGACCAAGUGACGCACGUCGGAUGUCUGACACGCCUUGCAGCUGAGAAACAGACCGACAGCCAAGGGACAGACAGACAGCCAAAGGGAACCUGAAAAUGACCUGCUGACCUGCACAAGUCCGAUACUUGCGGACACACAGAGGUCAGCACGCUGAACGCCUGCCCUCGACGUGAGAUGACCGAACACACACACCAACAGAACUGUCGCACCACACUACACCAGUGCCCCCGCCUUAAACCACCCAACGAACGAAUCUGUCGUAGCCACUUCGUCACUUGAAGCGCUCUGCUGGUAGGCAGUCAGUCGUCACACAUGCACGCAACACACCAUAUUCCAUGCAAUCCCACUGUCACUGUGUGGCCCUCUCUUUGUGUGUGUCCCUUCCCUUUGUGUAGCUGGUGUUGGUGUCUCUGGCAGCCUGACUGAUCGCCCUGCUCUCCGCUGCCGCACGUAAUGAAGAAACGGACACGGACACCAAUACGCUGGCGGACUCGGCCAUUCAUCCAUCCAUUUGUAUGUGUGUGUUGUGUGCGAUGCAUUUUGUUGUGGUGGCUGCUUCUUGUGGUCGGCUGUUUGUGGGUGGCUGUUUGUUGGGUACCCGCAGCUGCGAUAGGUGGCGACACGAGCACAGUGCUGACGCGCCCGGCGGCCUACAUCGCCGCAAAUGUGGUUCUGUUGCUGGUGCUGACGGGUGGCCGAUUUGCUGCGGCAAUCAUCACUCGGCGUGCAGGGAUGCAGUCUGAUGGAUGACAGCCAAAGUGCCCAUCGACCACAUGGCUGAGGGCCAUCGCAGACCUCUCACAGACACAGCCUUGGGCACAGCCGCAGCACCCCAAGGACACGAGGAGACACAUUCAUGCAGUGAGUGACACUCAAUUGUGUGCGUGUGUGCGUGUGUUGUGGUUGAACAAGGGCCGUUUUGUUGUCUAGGUGACGUCGUCAUUGUGGGGCCUCACUCGGUCAGUCAGCCGAAUGCAGACAGACACAUAUGCUAUGCAUUGAGUGGGAUGUGUUGCUCAGCCCAUGCACUGUCGAGUCCUCCCUCAUCUUUGUGUUUAUUGCUCGGCCCUCUCUGCCGCACUGCUACGCUUCCAGCACACAAAUA